UGGUGACUCGCGCCUAGGGCGCCCUCUAGAGGGUGGGCGGACUUUUUUUGUUUAUAUAUAAAAUUGAAGGCAUAUCAUUUUUUUAUUUCAUUCGCUUUCGAGUUUAAACUGUUGGUUCACCACCUUAGAGAAAAUACCUUCACCGACUCGGCGGCACGCGACCUGCCGUGUGCAACACGUCUCGUGAGUUUGUCUCAGAACAGUGACGUGUGUCAGCGGCUUGUCUGGUGACGUGUCUCUCCGGCUCUCUCUUUCCUCACGGAGCGGCUGAUGGAUCCACACUGACUCCUCUGAGCACUCAAACUGGUACCAGUUACACGACAGCAGCCGGCCUAAGAACACCAUGGGGAUUAAAUUUUUAGAAGUCAUCAAGCCUUUCUGUGCUGUUCUGCCAGAGAUACAGAAACCAGAGAGAAAGAUUCAGUUUAGAGAAAAAGUACUAUGGACUGCCAUUACACUCUUCAUCUUUCUGGUGUGCUGCCAGAUACCUCUCUUCGGCAUCAUGUCAUCAGAUUCAGCAGAUCCCUUCUACUGGAUGAGAGUAAUCCUGGCUUCUAACAGAGGUACUCUGAUGGAGCUCGGUAUCUCACCCAUCGUCACCUCAGGCCUCAUCAUGCAGCUGCUGGCUGGUGCCAAGAUUAUUGAGGUGGGAGAUACUCCCAAGGAUAGAGCUCUCUUCAACGGCGCUCAGAAAUUGUUCGGAAUGAUCAUCACCAUUGGACAGGCCAUUGUAUAUGUUAUGACUGGCAUGUAUGGCGACCCCUCAGAGAUGGGUGCUGGGAUAUGCUUGCUCAUCAUAAUCCAGCUCUUUGUUGCAGGUCUGAUAGUUUUGCUCCUGGAUGAGCUCCUUCAGAAGGGCUAUGGGCUAGGGUCUGGUAUUUCUCUCUUCAUUGCAACAAAUAUCUGUGAGACCAUCGUCUGGAAGGCCUUCAGCCCCACCACUGUCAACACAGGCAGAGGUACGGAGUUUGAGGGAGCCAUCAUUGCUCUCUUCCAUCUGCUGGCCACUCGCACGGACAAGGUGCGCGCCCUGAGAGAAGCCUUCUACAGACAAAACCUGCCUAACCUCAUGAACCUCAUCGCCACCGUCUUUGUGUUUGCAGUGGUCAUAUACUUCCAGGGCUUCAGAGUGGAUCUGCCCAUCAAAUCAGCCCGCUACCGCGGUCAAUACAACACCUACCCCAUCAAACUGUUCUACACCUCCAACAUCCCUAUCAUCCUGCAGUCUGCUUUGGUCUCCAAUCUGUACGUCAUCUCUCAGAUGCUGUCAACACGUUUCAGCGGCAACUUCCUCGUCAACCUUCUGGGGACUUGGUCGGACACAUCGAGCGGGGGUCCUGCUCGGGCCUAUCCGGUGGGCGGUCUCUGCUACUACCUUUCUCCCCCGGAGUCAUUUGGUUCGGUCCUAGAUGACCCAGUUCACGCUGUCAUCUACAUCGUCUUCAUGCUGGGAUCGUGCGCCUUCUUUUCCAAGACCUGGAUCGAGGUGUCGGGAUCCUCUGCCAAAGACGUGGCCAAGCAGCUGAAGGAGCAGCAGAUGGUAAUGAGGGGGCACAGAGAGACCUCUAUGGUGCACGAGCUGAACAGGUACAUCCCCACAGCGGCUGCUUUCGGAGGGCUCUGUAUAGGAGGGCUGUCUGUCAUGGCAGACUUCCUGGGUGCCAUCGGAUCGGGCACCGGAAUCCUCUUGGCUGUGACCAUCAUCUAUCAGUACUUUGAGAUCUUUGUGAAAGAGCAAAGCGAAGUUGGCAGUAUGGGAGCAUUGCUCUUCUAACAUGAAAAUAGAAAUAUGCCAAUUUUCUGAUGCACAUCAGGCACAAAGAAUCCAGCCCAUCUUUUUUUUUUUUUUUUUUACCUUUUCCUUUUUUUUUCUCCCCCCAUUUUACACAUUGUAUUUUGCAGCAGCAGUUGUUCAUGUUUUUGUUUUGUUUUUUUACUCCACCACCCCUGCUUUUCCAUCUCAUUGUGGAAGAAAGCGGUUUUGGUUAUUCGCAGGGUCGAGCAUAGUGUUCAGGCUCCUUACCCAUCUCUCUGCCGGCUGCCUAAAUCCCCACCAACCGUCAUACGAGCUGAAGAAUGCUUUAAAGCACACAGGUGUGAGAGCUGCCUUUGACUCGCCUCAGGCAUUUUUCACUGUAGCACGUUUGAGGAACACUAAGACAGCAACAGCACGAUGAUGCUUAUCUCGAGCUGAAAGCACUGUGCCUGAAACAUUUCAUGAAAGCUGAUAGAAUGCCAUACCAUGGUCUUUGCCUAGCAAUCAUGUGUGAGGUUUCUACCGGACUAGAGUAGGAUGUGAAAAGCCUAAAUAAGAUGUGCUUGGCACUCCUUAAGCUCAGCUAGUGAUCUCAGACAAACUAUUAGCGGUUGUCAUUGACCUUUUCAUUUUGUUUUUGUUUUUUAGUCAGUGACUAUAUUUGUAUUCACGCUGGUCUUACAUAGGGCACCGUGUUUGUCAGUCGCCUCUUGGUCCUCAAGGAAAAGUCUUUUUUUUCUUCUUAUUUUUCCCCCCCUUUCUUUCGUCGUGCUCUUUUAUUCCCGGACUGAAUCGCUGCACAAAACUGCCGAGAUGGUCGGGAUGAGGGUGGGUUUGAUAGGGCUGUAAAGGGGUUUCAGUUUUUGUUUUUACUUUAUGUAACAAACAUAAUUGUGUUAUUAAAAAAAGAACAGAAUUUGUUUUCCAACACA